AUGGCUUCGACAUCUGAGGACGCCCUCCCUGUCCUCAAGAUUUUGCUUAUCGGACCUUCGGGCGCAGGGAAAUCUGCAUACUGUGAAGACCAGUUUGAUCCUGAGUCGACAACGGCAACCAUUGGGAUUGACUUCAAAACGAAAAAGCUAGCUGUCAGGGGCAAGGCAUAUAAACUUAACAUAUUCGACACUGCCGGCCAGGAACGAUUUCGCACACUAUCCACAAGCUACUACCGCGGAGCCCAUGGCGUCAUUCUCGUCUAUGAUAUUUCUAACAAGAAGAGCUUCGCGAGUAUGGAGAAGUGGUUCGAUGAGGCCAGGAUGAAUGCGAAUCCUGAUGCUGUGCUCUGCCUGGUUGGAAGUAAGCUAGAUAAGGUGGCCGCAGGCGGCCGCGUAGUGUCAUAUGAACAAGGCAAAGCAUUAGCCGAGGCACAGGGCGCCGAGUUUUGCGAGAUCAGCUCCAAGACACGCGAGAAUGUCAAGCGGCCCUUCGUCGAGGUCGUCGACAAGAUCGUACAGAAGCCACAGUUAAUAGCGGGAGCCAUGCCCAGCUCAAAAGCUAUCGAUUUCAACAUGGGCAGUUUAGCAUCAAACCCUUGCUCUUGUUGA